AUGGCGCCAACGAAGAUCGGGACCCACGACGGGUCGUUCCACUGCGACGAGGCUCUCGGAUGCUACCUCCUCAAACAGACCAAGCAGUUUCGCGAGGCUGAGAUCGUCCGCUCCCGGGAUCCCGAGACCCUCGGGGCGUGCGACAUCGUCAUCGACGUCGGCGCCGUGUACGAGCCCGAGAACAAUCGAUUCGAUCACCACCAGCGCGGCUUCGAGGAGAUCUUCGGCCACGGCUUCGUCACCAAGCUCUCCUCCGCGGGCCUCGUGUACAAGCACUUCGGCCGCGAGAUCGUCGCCACCACCUUGGCACUGCCGGAGUCCGACCCCAUCGUGGAGAAGAUCUACCUCAAGGUGUACAAGUCCUUCAUCGAGGGAGUCGACGGGAUCGACAACGGCGUCAACAUGUACGACACCGACGCGCCUGCCAAGUACUCGGACAACACCGGACUCAGCGCCCGAGUGGGGAAGCUUAACCCCGCGUGGAACGAGGACAGCUCGCCGGCGACGCAGAUGACCCAGUUCACCAAGGCUGUGGCGCUCACGGGCUCGGAGUUUGACGACGCGGUCAAGUACUACGGCCUCUCGUGGCUCCCGGCGCGGAAACACGUCGAGCAAGCGCUGGACACCGCAAAGGAGGUUCACCCCUCGGGCGAGAUACUGAAGCUGCCGUGCUACUGCCCGUGGAAGGACCACCUGUUCGAGCUCGAGGCGGAGCGCGGCACGAGCCCGCUGCCCAAGUACGCUCUGUACGAGGACGAUAAGGGCAACUGGCGGAUCCAGGCCAUCCCGCUGAUGCCGAGCUCGUUUGAGAACCGCAAGCCGCUGCCGGCGGCGUGGCGGGGGAUCCGGGACUCCGCGCUGGACGAGCUGAGCGGGAUCGAGGGGUGUAUCUUCGUGCACGCGGCGGGGUUCAUCGGGGGAAACAAGACGUACGAGGGUGCGCUCGCCAUGGCCACCAAGGCGUUGACCAUGGACUGA